UAUUAGAAUUAAAAAUAAUAAUGGAUCAAUAUAUUUGUAAUAAAUGUUAUUCCACGCAGAGUGAUAAAGAUCUUAACUUUAGAUUGACUCAAUGUGGACACAUUUUUUGUUAUAACUGCAUAAGAGAAGAUGAAUGCCCUGAAUGUAAGUCUACAAAAAUUGUGACCGUGUCACUUACAAAACCUCUAACGCCAGAAGUAUCAAGAUUUUUUGCACCAUUGAAUGAUAUUUUAACAUCAGUAAAGUCUAUAACAAUAUUCCAAUCAGAACAAAUAAACGUAAUAUUGCAAUGCUUUUAUCAACUGAAUGAUAAAUAUGAAAUUUUAAAAGAUCGCUAUAUUAAUGCUGUAAGAAAUGAAAAACGAAUUGCUCAUGAGUAUUACAAUCUAAAGAAACAUUUUGAAAGUUUAAACAAACAACUUAUGUUUGUGAAAAUGCAUAGAACUGACAGUAAAGUAAUUACUGCGACACCAUCCUUAACUAAUAAUAAAUACAUCACUGGUCGAUAUUCUAAAAAUAAAAUCUAUGAUACUCCUAUGAACAAAUCAAGUUGUUCAAAAAUUACCAAUCCAUUUAGAAGAAAUAUUUUUACAUUGCAAAAGUCAAUCAACAAUAGUUCUAUUUCUAUCUCUGAUAAGAGUUCUUUGUAAGUGAAUGAAAGAAAAAAAAA